UUUGUGUAAGAUCUGUCCCGCUACCAAAUAUUAUUAUUCCUGCUUUUUAAAUUCCAACGCAAAUGAUGUAAUGCACAUGCACACUGAAUGUCGAACCUUCCAUCCGGUACUAUAAACGCAACUGCCACCAUCGUCGCAAUCAGCUGUCAAAGUUACGGCGUAAAUCAAAACAAAGGACACCGCGUAUCGCGCUGUACAAGCGACCGCAAAAGCAAUCAACCCAAAAAGGGAAAGUGACUCAUACGAAGCAGGAUGUUUUCAUUUUUCAAGAGCAAAAAACCCAGCCCUACACAGAUCCCGUCGGAUCCGAUACCCGGUGCGGUUCCAUCGACGCAGGAAGAUUUCAUAUUCAUCGAACGGCGCGGUCAGCAACCAGCGGAUGAUGCGACAGGCACGAGUACGCCAGCGGGAACUCCAGCGGGUGGUGGUGGUUUGUAUCCUACCGUGCCGGAACCACCGGUAGCCGGUGAGAAGGCUGGGAAUCCGGUCCCGGUCCGGCAACGGAGCGAUGAGAAGGUUGGUCACGCGCUGAGUGGUGUCCCGUUUCGUCUGUCGGCGGACAUUGGCCAAUCGUCCGAUAUGGAGAUUACGCGUAUUCAGGCAAACGAAAUACUCACCUACAUCGCACGGGUGAUGUACGCACCGGACUAUGACUUUAGCCUGGAACGCAGCGUACUGCAGGAUUGAGCACCAGCAAUGGUUUGGGGAUCGCAUUCAAACAGCACAGUGAUGAACUACUGCUGCAACACUUCAAUAAACACAUUACGCUACUUAUUUGGAAAUGCUGCCAAACUCCGCUAAAGAGAGGCUGGUUAUAUGAUGGUGUACCCGACAACAGCGUGACGGGGUCUCUGUCGCCAGUUGAUGUGAUAUGGAAAGGAAGUCAACUAAUCUUAACGAAAUCAUCUAUCAGCUUGAUGUACCGAUUCGGAUGCAAAACGAAUAUAAUAAAAGUUUUCACUAUUUAUUUUGAACAUUGA